UUCAAUUUUUAUUAAAUUCAAAAAUGCAGGAUCGUCUCACUGACUUGGCAAUCGGAAAUGUACUUUCCAACGCAAUCAACAUUGGGAAUCGUCUGAACUUUUUUAAGGUGAUAGCCGAAAUUUCCAAUGCGGAGUGCCCAGUUCUUCCUGAAAAAAUUGCAGAAAAGGCAGGGUGCAAAGAGAGGUACGUCCGGGAGUGGUGCAACACGUUGGCUUGUGGAAGAAUAUUGGAAGUCAAUGAGAAGGAGGAAUUCUGGAUUGCAAACGAGAAUUUGGAAGCACUCACUACCGAAAAUUUUCCAUUAAUGUUCAACUCAAUGCUGUCGACCGUCCUGAAACCAAUUGACACCCUCAUUGAAUGUUUCAAAAAAGAAGGACCCUACGGCCUGGAUUACUCGGCCUAUUCGGAUUUUGAAGAAAUGCAGCAAAAAUUCACUAAAAUCGUUCACGAGAAGCAUAUCAUUCCGGAUUUGGUUCCAGCCAUUGGAAACGGGAUCAAGGAGAAGCUGGAAGCUGGUGGGAUCCGAGUGUUGGAUGUCGGGUGUGGGGGUGGAUUCCAUUCGGGCUUGCUCGCGGAGCACUAUCCGAAAUCUCAGUUUGUUGGAUUAGAUAUCACCGAGAAAGCUAUCAAAGCAGCGAGGCUCAAGAAGAAAUCUGAUGGCACUGAUUUUGAAAACUUGGAAUUUGUAGUAGCUGACGCUGCAAUAAUGCCAAGUUCAUGGACCGACUCAUUCGAUUUAGUCAUCCUGUUUGGGUCUUGCCACGAUCAAAUGAGACCUGACUUGUGCCUUCUCGAAGUUCACCGUGUGGUGAAGCCAGAUGGUUUAGUCGCGGUCACCGACGUUGAUGGAUCUAGCAAUGUGUUCACCGAUCGUGAGACCUACGGGAAGAUGGCUGCGAUGAAGUAUGGUGGAUCGAUGCUUCAUUGUCUUCCGGUUGGGAGCAAUAGGCCAGAUGCACUAUGUUGCGGCUCAAUGUGGGGAAGGAAGAGAGCAGUUGAGAUAAUGAAUAAGUGUGGUUUUGAUAAUAUCGACAUUAUUCCGACUGACUACUUCCCUGGAACUGUUUUGUAUUUGAUGAAAAAAUAAAUAAACUGUAGCUAGUGUUUUUUUAUAAUUGUAAUACUUUUUUCUAUUUAUUCAAUCUUUUUUCCCGAUUUUCACUGCUUUGUUGUGACUGUAUCAUUAUGAUCCUGAUGAAUAAAUAUCAAUAAACAAAUACAGUUUUU